CGCCGGCUCCCUCAGAGCCAGCCUCCCCAGGGAAAAAGAAGCUUCGCAGUACGUCGCCCGCAGGCUCCUGCUCUGCCUUCAGAUCUCGGCUUUAGUGGCCUCGCCUAGUGAGGCCUCAGCUCGCCAAGCUAUCCAACUUAGCUAGUCACUAUCACAUUACCCUGAUUUUAAUGCUCAGCAUUUCUUUCUGUCUCCUGUGCCUUCUGUGUUUAUUUCUGUCUUUGGAAUGUUCGCUCCACGGGACAACAGUGCUUUUCCAGGCCAGUGACCGCUUCUGGGCUCUAGAACCCGGAGGGCCCGGAACGCAUUAAGCCCUUCGUUUGCUGAACGACUGAACGCCUUUCCCUGCACAGCCAGACCCAGAGGGGUUGGUCUCUGUGGGGGCGGGCCUUCUCGAGGCCCCGCCCACGUACCAGCCCCGGGACUUGACCCACGCCUCCCCUCCUCUCCCGGGAGUCGGGCGGGGCGGUGCUCUUCCUUCCACCUCCCCUGGCUGUUUCUGUGGCUGUAGUGAAAACCUGGAGCGAUGGAACGUCCGAGCGGCGGAGUGGCACCUCUCGCGGCACCUCCCCCCGCCCGCGGCGGCCGCGCUGGGCAUGCUCAGUCGGCAGGGCCGCUCAGCUCCUGGAGUAGGAAGCCUGGGUUCUCCGGCUGCAAGAGCCGCGGCGGGGGGAAAAUGGAUCCCUUCACCAAUGAUCUGCUUCAGCUCCCCAGGAAUAUGAUUGAAAACAGCAUGUUUGAGGAAGAACCAGAUGUGGUGGAUUUAGCCAAAGAGCCUUGUUUACAUCCUCUAGAGCCUGAUGAAGUGGAAUAUGAGCCCCGGGGUUCACGACUGCUGGUGCGGGGUCUUGGUGAGCAUGAGAUGGAUGAGGAUGAAGAGGAUUACGAGUCAUCUGCAAAGCUGCUGGGCAUGUCCUUUAUGAACAGAAGCUCGGGCCUUCGGAACAGUGCAGCCGGCUACAGGCAGAGCCCCGACGGGACUUGCUCGGCACCCUCUGCGAGGACCGUGGUGGUCUGUGCUUUUGUCAUUGUGGUUGCUGUUUCUGUAAUCAUGGUGAUUUAUCUACUGCCCAGAUGUACCUUUACCAAAGAAGGCUGCCAUAAAAAAAACCAAUCAAUGGGACUAAUUCAGCCAAUUGCAACAAAUGGGAAGGUAUUUCCAUGGGCGCAAAUCAGGCUUCCCACUGCCAUUACGCCACUACGCUACGAGCUUAACCUGCACCCCAACCUGACCUCGAUGAUAUUCAGGGGUUCUGUGAUGAUUUCACUUCAGGCUCUUCAGGCCACGUGGAAUAUCGUUCUUCACAGCACAGGCCAUAAUAUUUCAAGAGUGACCUUUAUGUCAGCAGUUUCAAGCCAAGAGAAACAAGUUGAGGUCCUGGAAUAUCCGUUUCAUGAGCAGAUUGCCAUUGUUGCCCCUGAAGCCCUUCUUGAAGGGCACAAUUAUACCUUGAAGAUAGAGUACUCGGCAAAUAUAUCUAGUUCUUAUUAUGGGUUUUAUGGCACUUCCUACACAGAUGAAAAUAAUAAGAAAAAGUACUUUGCAGCAACUCAGUUUGAACCCUUGGCAGCAAGAUCUGCUUUUCCUUGUUUUGAUGAACCAGCAUUUAAAGCUACAUUUAUCAUCAAGAUCAUAAGGGAUGAGCAAUACACUGCUUUAUCAAAUAUGCCUAAGAAGUCAUCAGUCAUUAUGGAAGAUGGGCUUGUUCAGGAUGAGUUUUCCGAGAGCGUGAAAAUGAGCACGUACCUGGUUGCUUUCCUCGUGGGAGAGAUGAAGAACCUGAGUCAGGACGUAAACGGAACCCUGGUUUCUAUAUAUGCUGUACCAGAAAAGAUUGGUCAAGUUCACUAUGCCUUGGAAACAACUGUGAAGCUUCUUGACUUUUAUCAAAACUACUUUGAAAUUCGAUACCCACUUAAGAAACUGGAUUUGGUGGCUAUCCCUGACUUUGAAGCAGGAGCAAUGGAAAACUGGGGGUUGCUCACCUUCCGAGAAGAGACACUUCUAUAUGACAGCAACACUUCUUCAGUGGCGGAUAGAAAACUGGUUAUUAAGAUCAUUGCUCAUGAGUUGUCCCAUCAGUGGUUUGGUAAUCUGGUAACAAUGGAGUGGUGGAAUGAUCUAUGGCUAAAUGAAGGUUUUGCUACUUUCAUGGAGUAUUUCUCUUUGGAAAAAAUAUUUAAAGAACUCUCCAGUUAUGAAGAUUUCUUAGAUGCUCGGUUUAAAACCAUGAAGAAAGAUUCCUUGAAUUCAUCUCACCCAAUAUCGUCAUCAUCUGUUCAGUCUUCAGAACAGAUCGAAGAAAUGUUUGAUUCUCUUUCCUAUUUUAAGGGAGCUUCUCUCUUGUUGAUGCUGAAAACUUAUCUUAGUGAAGAUAUAUUUCAACAUGCUGUUAUUCUUUAUCUGCAUAAUCAUAGCUAUGCAUCUAUUCAAAGUGAUGAUCUGUGGGAGAGUUUUAAUGAGGUCACAAACAAAACACUAGAUGUAAAGAAAAUGAUGAAAACCUGGACCCUGCAGAAAGGAUUUCCUUUAGUGACUGUUCAAAGAAAAGGAAAGGAACUUCUUAUACAACAAGAAAGAUUCUUUUCAAAUAUGAAGCCUGAAAUUCAGCCUUCAGAUGCAAGCUAUCUGUGGCAUAUUCCAAUAUCCUAUGUCACUGAGGGAAGAAAUUACUCAAAAAAUCCAUCAAUAUCAUUACUGGACAAGAAAUCAGGUGUCAUCAAUCUCACAGAAGAAGUGCAGUGGAUCAAGGUCAAUACAAACAUGAAUGGCUAUUACAUUGUACAUUAUGCAGAUGAAGACUGGGAAGCACUAAUCAAACAGCUCAAAAUAAAUCCUUAUGUCCUGAGUGACAAAGAUCGAGCCAACCUCAUCAACAACAUCUUUGAACUUGCAGGCCUAGGCAAGGUUCCUCUCCAGAGAGCCUUUAAUCUGAUUGAUUAUCUCAGAAAUGAGACCUGUACAGCACCCAUCACUGAAGCCCUGUAUCAAACAGACCUCAUCUAUGACCUCCUCGAAAAACUGGGAUACAUGGAUCUAGCCUCGAGGCUAGUGACCAGGGUAUUUAAAUUGCUUCAAAGCCAAAUCCAGCAGCAGACCUGGACUGAUGAGGGCACACCAUCUGUUAGAGAGCUCCGGUCAGCCUUGCUGGAAUUCGCUUGCGCCCACAGCCUAGAGAACUGCACCACUGCCGCCAUGAAGCUGUUCAGCAACUGGGUGGCGUCCAACGGAACUCAAAGCCUACCUACUGAUGUCAUGACUACUGUGUUCAAAGUUGGGGCUAAAACUGAGAGAGGCUGGUCAUUCCUCUUAAGCAAGUACGUCUCUAUAGGCUCUGAAGCAGAGAAGAAUAAAAUACUUGAAGCUCUUGCCAGCUCAGAAGAUGUACGGAAACUUUACUGGUUAAUGAAGACUAGCCUCAGUGGAGAUACCAUCCGAACACAAAAGCUUUCCUUUAUCAUUAGAACAGUGGGACGACAUUUUCCUGGUUACUUGCUGGCGUGGGACUUUGUCAAAGAAAACUGGAACAAGCUUGUACAGAAGUUCCAUCUGGGGUCCUAUACCAUACAAAGUAUUGUUGCUGGAUCAACACACCUGUUUUCAACAAAGGCACAUUUGUCUGAGGUCCAGGCAUUUUUUGAAAAUCAGUCAGAGGCAACCUUUCGGCUUCACUGUGUCCAGGAGGCUUUGGAAAUCAUUCAGUCGAAUAUCCAGUGGAUGGAGAAGAACCUCAAAACUCUGACAUGGUGGCUGUAGCAUGCACAACUGCACCUUGUUUUGUCAUCCAUCCAGAGAGCUUGUUAACUUGGGUUCUGCUGCUUUUGCAAAAGUCAAGGUGACACCAGGUUGCUGCUGAGUUGUUUGCACUCUUAGGAGUUCUAGUUAGCUCAGGGCCCAUCUGUAUUUUUCAUCUGUCUUUUCAGAAAGUUUUUGGCAGUAUGUAGUUAUUUAUUACAAAAUUAUAUUCACCUAUAUGCCAACUGUCUACACAAACAAUGAGUAAUUUUUCUACUUUGAAGAUACACAAAUGUGGGAAAAAUCUGUUUUGGAAUUCUGUUCUAUUUCUCACUACCCAGAAGGUACUGACAAAGUGGAAAAAGGAAAAAGCUGCCGUGGGUGCCUCCAUCGCUGCAGGCUCUGGUUUAUCAGCCAUUUGUUGCUUUUGUUGACAAAUGUUAUUUGAAUGUGGAACAGACUUAGCUUCAAAAAGUAUGGUAAUAAAGUCAGUGAAUCACGCAGCUAGACCGCUGACCUCAGGUGUGCACCUCCACUUUGGUUUGGGGUUUUGAUUAAUCCUUUGUUUUCUGGAAAAAGUUUAAAAGAGAUCUGUAACUACUAUAUCUUUUUCUGCAUAAUAGCCAGGUGCUACAAAAUCAAAAAAUUUUUGUUUUAUUGAUAAGCCAAAUAAAUCCAAAUUCUUCAAAUCUAUACACCUUUAUCACUCCCUGCCAUAAACACACCUUAUGUUAUAAAUAAGUAUUUCUACAUUUAUGGCAAGCAUUUUGUUAAUACUGGUGUCUUUUAUCAUGACUCUAUCACUAAGAAUAUGAUUUGUUUAAGUUGCCUUUGGCAUACAUAAUAAAUCAUAGACACUUUCUGAAUCAUAUCUGUAGGUAUUUUCACUUUAUAUGAUAGAGUAGCAUAUUUUUAAAUAGGGCCUUUAAGAAACUGAACAUUUUUGAAGUUCACCAUAGUACCUUAAAGGAAUAAAGAGAAUGUAGGAUAGGAGUAACUUGAUUCAGUUUUAAUAUGGUGGGCUUUGGAUUUUUUUCUGUUACUAAAACAGUACUUUUCUUUAGUUGAAAAAUCAUAGUUUUAUUUUAUCAUGGCCAAACUAACAUUAAAAGGAAUGGCAAAGGAAAGGAAGAAAGAAAAAUGAGGAAGCUAUCCAAAACUGUAUGGCAUUUUUACUCCUUCUAAAGGAUGAAUACUGUACUUGAAUUUUCUGAGCUAUGCAGACUUAUACCUAGAUUGCUGUGUUUCUUUGAUUCUUAGAAGAAAAGCUUUCUUCCUAAAAAUUCUUGAGUACUUUAUAUUUUGCUUGAAAAUAUCUUCUUUGUACAUAAAAAGGGUAGUUUACCCAUUUGAAAGCACUUAAAACACUCCACAGAAUGAGACAGUGGGAAAGGUCAUCUUUUUUAUUCAGCAGGUGUAAAGUAAGGAUACAUGGAUUGUGUAUAAAAUUUUAUUUUUAUUUUAUGAAAAUAUUUUUAUAUAACAAAAUUUAAAAGGUUGGCAAGCUAGAAGAUAGCCUUCUUUAAUCCUAGUGUUUUUCCCCAAUUCAGUAUUUUCUAAACAACAUUUAUCUUUCUGUUUUAGAGUAGCAAAUAUCCUGAGAAUCACAGAACCAUCUACAGAUGUCUUAUCGAAACUGGGAUGAUUGGUCUUUAUUCCUCUUGUGCUUCAGUCAAUGAAUGAUUAUUUAGUCGAUAUUGAAAGUUAUUAUGUUUUUAUAUUUUUAGAGUGGGGAAAAAUACUAAACUUUUGAGGGUGUUUUUUGUUGCUGUUUUUUACUGUUAUAUUACUAAAUUCCACUUUGAUACAGAGUUUAAAUUUUGCUACUUCUCGAAAACAGUUAAGAUUCUUCAGUUUUUCCUGCCUGUCUUUAUUAGCUCUGAAUAUGGCAAAUCUUGUUUUGAAUCACAUCAUUUUUUCCCUGUGUGUGUGUGUGUGUGUGUGUGUGUGUGUGUGUGUGUGUGUGUGUGUAGUGGGCAGGGGGUAUUGUUAUAAGUAAAAUUUUAUCAAAAAAUUGGCCAAAAAAAGAGGAAAU